AUGGGCGGUGGAGAGGACGUUAAGAUUCACGACAGCCCAGCGUCGCCGCCCUCGAGUCCAACGCCUUCACCUUCUGGGACCCAGAAUGGGACGACCGAAGCGAUACCGCUCAAGAAGACGGGGGAGAUGAUGCUCGGAUUCGCCCUCGCCAUCGUCUUCCUCGUCAUCUUCUGCAUCAUUAUCCAUUUGCUCCUGAAGCAGCAUCGUCAGAGAUAUCCCAACGGGCGGCCGAAGAAGAAGAAGAUGAAGAAGCCAAAGGAUACGGACCUCGAGAAAGGGACCGUGGAACUGCACUCCGUCGACAGGAAGGUGUUUGAGGCAGCUUCUACGCAGGUGGUGCUAUGCGAACUUCCCGAAGACGCGCCACCCCGUCACGAGUUGGAUGCCGGUUAUGUGUUACCUGUGUCGCCCCUCGAGCGUACACUUACCGGAACUACGGGAGUGACGGGUACGACAGUAUCGGACAUGGAAUCCAACCGCGAACCUCUCGUCAGCCCGGCCGAACCAUUACCGGCCCAGCAUUUAGCUGUCUACUGGCAAACGCGGUGA